GAAUUAUUAUUUAAAUAUUGAUUAACAUGCUUAUUUAUUACUAGUAAUACACUAUAUAAUUUACAAAUUUGAUCUUAGAAAUUAAUCACCUAGUGUUGCUCGUUAUAUAUAUACUUAAAAGGGGUUGAAAGUAACCUCUUUUCAAAGUCAGACUGACACUAAUGCUGAUGCAAUCUUAGUAGACAAUAGUCCAAGUACAAAAUUUGCAUGAAAUCUAGAUUCUGUGGACCCUAUAGUAAAUGCAUCAUGAUGAUGAUACUUUAUUACUUACAACCAUGUAUGAAACAUGACAAACAUAUGGAGGGAGGAUGCUUUCCAUGCACCUCUGCAUGCCUUGCUUGCUUUUUUGAGUGCUUUUCUCGGCAGUUUUUCAGGUUCCUUGCUUUUGUUUCCUCUUUCCACUUUCCAAAGAACUUGUGCACAUGUGAAUUCGUAUUUAUUUUUUUUACUGGAUUUCGGAUCCAUAUGAUCCAUGGAAAAGAAAUGGAAGAAGAUCAGAUGGGGGUGUAGACGUGGGAAAUCCAACUACUUCUAAGCAUUGAUUAUUAAUUUUGUCGUGGAAGUUCUAGAGAUUUGUGUCCUAUAUAAACCCAGCAAAACCCGGAAGUUUAAGUAUUCAGACAAACCCAGCAACAAGAGCUAGAACAGCAAUGGCUAUUCUAGCACUUGUGUUUGAGCAGCUGCAGAAGAAUGUCUUUCUUCUUCCUCUUAUCAUACUUUCUGCAUUCAUUAUGUUUUCUCUUACUAAAUCAUCGUCCAAUGGCGAUGAGAAACGAAAACUCAAGUUACCACCUUCCCCACCAAGGUUGCCAUUGAUUGGAAACCUUCACCAGUUAGGCACAUUCCCACAUCAAUCUCUCCAUGCUCUCUCGAAAAAGUAUGGCGAUUUAAUGCUGGUGCACCUUGGGAAAGUUCCGACUUUGAUCGUUUCAUCUGCAGAGAUGGCCAAGGAGGUGAUGAAGACGCAGGACAUUGCUUUCUGCAGCCGGCCAAAAGCCACUGCUCCGGGAAUAUUGUUCUAUGACGCUCAUGAUAUCGCGUUUGCUCCUUACGGAGAGUACUGGAGGCAAGUUCGGAAAAUAUGUGUUCUUGAGCUUCUGAGUCUUAAGAGGGUGUCACAGUUUCAGUACGCGAGGGUGGAAGAGGUUUCGGAGUUGGUCGAGAAGAUUCGCAAAGCGUCGAGCCUCAAUGGCGGAGGUCCUAUUGUUCUGAGUGAUCUGCUGGUGGCAACCUCCAACAACAUUAUCUGCAGGUGUAUUCUCGGACAGAAGUUUGAGGGCGAGGAGAACAAGUGGUUUGGAGAGGUGACAAAAGAUUUGAUGUGCCAACUCAUGAGUUUCAGUUUUACGGAUUACUUUGGUCCGAGGAUGAAUUGGCUCGACCGUGCCAGUGGCCACAUUAAACAUUUGACAUCGAUUUGGUCCGAGUUUGAUAGGUUUUUCGACAAGUUGAUUGCCGAACAUCAGGCGGCAGAGAAAGAAGGCAAGCCUCGCAAGAAGGACUUCGUGGAUAUUCUCCUCCAAGUUCAAAAGGAGGGCAAUGACUUCGAGCUCAAAAGUGACCACCUCAAAGCACUUCUGCAGGACAUGUUUGUUGGAGGAAGUGAUACUAGUUGGACUGCCAUGAUAUGGUUGAUGACAGAGCUUGCGAAGAAUCCACGCGUGAUGAAGAAAGUCCAGGAAGAGGUAAGAAGGGUGGUGGGGAACAAGGGAUAUGUAGAUGAGAAUGUUGACACCCCCCAAAUGACCUACAUGAUAUGUUGCAUCAAAGAAAAUAUGAGAGUUCAUCCUCCGGCGCCUCUUUUACUUCCUCGCGAAACAAGUACAGACGUGAAAUUGGGACCCUACAACAUCCCUGCGAAAACACAGGUGUUUGUGAGCGCAUACUCGGUACAAAGGGACCCCAAAGUCUGGGACAACCCCGAUGAGUUUUACCCCGAGAGGUUCGAGGAGAAGAACGUUGGUUUCGUGGGUCAGGAGUUUGAACUCAUCCCGUUCGGUGCUGGGAGAAGGGUGUGCCCUGGACUCGGCUUUGGGGUUGCUUCUGCUGAAUAUGUGCUUUCCAACCUUCUGUAUUGGUUUGAUUGGAAACUGCCUAGUGGUGGUAAGGAAUUGGCCGAGACCAUGGACACCGAUGAAGUUUACGGACUCACAGUCCACAAGAAAGCUUCUCUUAACCUUAUCCCGGUCCCAUACAACCCUUGAUCCCUCCAUCGAGAUCUGUCGUUCUUAUAUAUGUUUUUUAUUAGUUUUGUUGGUUGUUUCUGCUGCGCCUAAAUAUGCAUUAGCAAUUCUGCACUUGACAAUGUUGUAAUCCUCUACGGGACGUAAUGUGACCGUGUAGAAAUUGUAGCAGAAACAUAGUUUUUGAUAAUAAAACUUAUUACAGCUGUCGUAAUUCGCUUUGAAUA